AGUCAGGCGUCAAAUGUCAACGCAGAGUGGGCGGGGCGUACAGGAGUUUUGAACAUGGCGGAUAAAGACAAGAAAAAGAAAGAAAGUAUUUUUGAUUUGUCGAAAUACAUCGAUAAACAUAUAAGAGUAAAGUUCCAAGGAGGCCGUGAAGCUAGUGGAGUUUUAAAAGGCUUCGACCCGCUGUUGAAUCUUGUGUUGGAUGGCACCAUUGAAUACAUGCGAGAUCCUGACGAUCAGUAUAAGCUGACCGAAGACACCAGGCAGCUCGGUCUGGUUGUGUGUCGAGGGACGUCCGUUGUGCUGAUCUGUCCACACGACGGGAUGGAGGCCAUUCCAAACCCUUUUAUUCAACAGCAGGAUGGAUAAUAUUCAGCUGUGUUUUCUUUUCUUUUUUCUUUCAUUGUUUGAUGGCUGGUGAAGAAAAUACAUGGUUUUUGAUAGGUCUGAAAUCAUAAAAAAUACAUUUUGUAUUUAGACUCAGGAUAAAUGGUUUUGGUUGGUUUUGUUUCUGUUGUUUAUGAAACCCACAUUUUUUGAGUGUGUUGGUUAUGAUCUCAAUUAUAAGCAUGUUUGGUGUUCAUGAAAAUGGGUGCGUUAUAAUGUUGCCCUAGUUCUUUCAGUGUCGUUUCAUUAAUUUGGAUGUUAAUAAACAUCUGGGAUGUAACCAUUACUAAAUUUAGCAAAAAGAAAGAUGCCUGUUCCUUAAUGGGUGAUUAUCUUUUCAGAAGGAUUUUGUACAUGCACAAACAGUCGGACAUUCAGCAAGCUUUCAGAGAACGUUUUUGUGUAAUCUAAAUGUAAACUGUAUUUUGAAGGUCUUCGGUUCUGAGAAGCCUUGAGAAAACCCUUUGUUCUUUCACUUUUGUGGUGUUGUCUCCUCUGUUUUACACUCACAAAACGAAUGGCUAAGAUUAAAGACUGUUAUGGACCCUU